GUGCUGUCACGCAACCCCGCAUUCCACCUCGAGGCUUGCCUGAUAUAUAGGCCCCUCCAAAAGAAUCGCAAGGCAGCAGAACAAAGGCCAUCGCUCUCCCAUACUGGCCUCAGACAGAGAGAGACUUGCCUGAAACACACACACCUUAUAGUUCCCCGCAGCUGACGGCUGAGCUCUGCUUGAGAUUUUCAGCCGCAGUAGCGUUACAGGAAGGGAUCAGGCAUGGCUGCAAGGAGGGCUGCUUCCUCCGUCCUCUCUCGCUACCUCCUCGCAAGGUCUUCUGCUUCUUCUCCCGCCGGCAAAUCCGCUCUCCUCGGACCAGGAAGCUACCAGCAAUCUGUCAGUCAUGUUCUAGAUGAAGAAACGACUCCAUUGAACCGCGCUCUGUUGCCAGGGGAUCUUCUUCGCAGGUUCGGUACUGCACCGGCUGCCGCCGCCGCCGCCACCGAGGAGCCAAUCCAACCCACAGUGGAGAUCAAGCACACCCAACUCCUCAUCAAUGGCAACUUCGUCGACGCAGCUUCUGGGAGGACGUUCCCGACGGUGGACCCCCGCACCGGCGAGGUCAUCGCGCACGUCGCCGAGGGCGACAGCGAGGACAUCGACCGCGCCGUCGCCGCCGCCCGCCGGGCCUUCGACGAGGGCCCGUGGCCGCGCAUGACCGCCUACGAGCGGUGCCGGGUGCUGCUGCGGUUGGCGGACCUGAUCGAGCAGCACGCGGAGGAGAUCGCAGCGCUGGAGACGUGGGACAACGGGAAGACGCUGGCGCAGUCGGCCGGCACCGAGGUGCCCAUGCUGGCGCGGUGCAUGCGGUACUACGCCGGGUGGGCGGACAAGAUCCACGGCCUGGUGGUGCCGGCCGACGGUGCGCACCACGCGCAGGUGCUGCACGAGCCCGUCGGCGUCGCCGGGCAGAUCAUCCCCUGGAACUUCCCGCUGCUCAUGUUCGCCUGGAAGGUCGGCCCGGCGCUCGCCUGCGGCAACACCGUCGUCCUCAAGACCGCUGAGCAGACGCCGCUCUCCGCGCUCUACGUCGCCAGCCUCCUCCACGAGGCUGGGCUCCCCGACGGUGUUCUGAACGUGAUCUCCGGCUUCGGCCCGACGGCCGGCGCCGCGCUGUGUAGCCACAUGGGCGUGGACAAGCUCGCGUUCACCGGAUCGACGGGCACGGGCCAGAUUGUCCUCGAACUGGCGGCGAGGAGCAACCUGAAGCCGGUGACCCUGGAGCUCGGCGGCAAGUCCCCCUUCAUCGUCAUGGACGACGCCGACGUCGACCAGGCCGUCGAGCUCGCGCACCAAGCCGUCUUCUUCAACCAGGGCCAAUGCUGCUGCGCCGGGUCGCGGACGUUCGUGCACGAGCGCGUGUACGACGAGUUCGUGGAGAAGUCCAAGGCCCGCGCCAUGAAGCGCGUCGUCGGCGACCCCUUCAGGAACGGCGUCGAACAGGGGCCUCAGAUCGAUGAGGAGCAGUUCAAGAAGAUCCUGCGGUACGUCCAGUCCGGCGUCGACAGCGGCGCCACCCUCCUCGCCGGCGGCGACAGGGCGGGCAACCGGGGCUUCUACAUCCAGCCGACGGUGUUUGCCGAUGCCAAGGACGACAUGAAGAUCGCUCGGGAGGAGAUAUUCGGGCCGGUCCAGACCAUCCUCAAGUUCAGCGGCGUGGAGGAGGUGAUCCGGCGGGCGAACGCGUCGCAGUACGGGCUGGCGGCGGGGGUGUUCACGAGGAGCCUGGACGCGGCCAACACGCUGUCGCGGGCGCUGCGGGUGGGCACCGUGUGGGUCAACUGCUACGACGUGUUCGACGCGGGCAUCCCGUUCGGCGGCUACAAGAUGAGCGGCGUCGGCCGGGAGAAGGGCGUCUACGCCCUCCGCAACUACCUCCAGACCAAGGCCGUCGUCACGCCCAUCAGGGGCGCCGCCUGGCUGUGAUCCCGGCCGCCGCCGCCGCCGCUUGCCGGUGGUAUGAUCUCUGAUGUACUAGAAGAACAUGGACGGCGCCGGACACCAGAAAAUGUGGCGAAUAAUAACAGCCGGUUUAGUUGCAACACCACACCACCGCGCUGUCUGUGCUCUUCAUUUACCAGGCCGAUUUCGACACCGAAAUCAAAUGCGUGAACAUGUAAUGUACACACACACACACGUAAUGUACAGAGGGAAGUAAAACCGGUA